AUGAGCGCAAGCAGGGUCACGCUGGUUAUGGUGAACUUGGCGGGGAUCAUGGAGAGGGCGGACGAGGCGCUGCUGCCGGCGGUGUACAAGGAGGUGGGGGCGGCGCUGGGGGCCACGCCGGCGGGGCUGGGAUCGCUCACGCUAUUCCGGUCGAUCGUACAGUCGUUCUGCUACCCGCUCGCCGCCUACAUGGGCAUCCACUACAACCGCACUCACGUCAUCGCCUUGGGGGCCUUCCUCUGGGCCGCCGCCACAUUCCUCGUCGCCAUAUCCUCCACCUUCUUCCAGGUUGACCUCUCUCCCCUCCCCUCCCCUCCCCAAUCUGUUUUUCUGAUGCGUACUACUGCUGCUGUUUUAUUCUUCGAGUUCAAUUUAUAUAUAUUCCCUACUGGAGGAGUCUGAAAGAGAGAAUAAUUAUCGUCUAGAACAGUUUAGAAACCGUGAAGUGAGCGCAAUUAAUAUGUUCCACGAGCUCGCCACUUCGUUUUUACUCUAUAAUAAUAAGCUGGUUCUCAUGUACUGGAAUCAGAAUAAUCUCACUAUGAGCGGGAUUAGUAAAAUUAUUUGGUUCCCCUCCACUCAUUCUUUACAUGUUUUGCGCUGGACGAUCCCAUUUUUCUACAGUAUCACAUCAUCAGAUUCCUUCAUGUAACCUUUUCCCACAACUAUGUUCUCUACCGAGCUAUCCAAAAGUCGUAAGCUAACGCGUUAGAAUAAUCCUACAUGGAAUGACAAAAAAAGCAUAGCUUCCGGUCAUUGUAAAUGAGUGUUGAAUUGGAUAGCUUAUCUCGUUUAAUUUAUCUCUAGAUCUUGAGUAGUUCAAAAACCGAAUAUUGACAAGUCAAUAGCUCAGUGUUCUCACGCUGGUCAGUUUGUGGGUGUCUUCUUCCGGUCGGGGAAGUGUCUGUGUUCCUUGCUCUCUUGUUUGCAUUCAGUGAUCAUGGGACUUGUACGGCUAGUGAUAUUACUUUAUGCCUGUGAUCUGAUAAAUUUAUGGUAGGUACCAGCGUACCAUUCAAAAGGCAGGUUGGUUUCCGAGAUUUUCUUACCACAAAUAUCAAAGGAAAGAGGAUUUUCUUACUUAUUUCUAGACCAUUUUUACGUGUAACUUUUUCUUUCAAUUCUCUGUUCAGUUUUCACAAUACACCUAAAAGAAGUAAGGGAGAGGGCGUAGUUGAGAUCAGUGGGGAUUGUCCAUGUGAAUACCGAAGAUAGCUGCAACUUUAUCCUCCCCUAUGCUAACCUUCAUGAUGUUCACCAAACAGGUGGCUGUCGCGAGAGCUCUAAAUGGGGUAGGCCUUGCGCUUGUCAUUCCUGCCAUGCAGUCUCUUGUUGCAGAUUCUACCGAUGAGAGCAACCGUGGUGUAGCUUUCGGGUGGCUUCAGUUGACAGGCAACAUGGGUUCCAUCCUCGGUGGCUUUUUUGCACUGUUAUUGGCAUCAAGGACAUUCAUGGGUAUAGCUGGAUGGCGAGUGGCUUUCCAUCUUGUGGGGUUGGUGAGUGUCUCAGUAGGCAUCUUGGUGCGCCUCUUUGCAGUGGAUCCUCGAGAUUCUUCAGCAAAAGGAGAAUUUGAGGGCUCUGAGUUACACCCUCAGAGAUCAGUAAAGGCCAGCAUUUUGGAACUGGUUAGGGAAGCAAAGCGUGUCAUAAAAAUCCCAUCAUUUCAGAUAAUCGUGGCUCAGGGAGUGACCGGAUCUUUCCCUUGGUCAGCUCUGACAUUCACAACCAUGUGGUUGGAGCUCGUUGGAUUCUCUCAUGGAGAAACUGGGCUUCUCAUGGGCUUGUUCAUUAUUGCAACUUCCCUUGGGGGGCUUUUUGGGGGCAAGAUGGGUGAUACUCUAUCAAAGCGUCUUCCAAAUUCUGGAAGGAUAAUUUUAUCACAGAUAAGCUCAGGCUCUGCAAUCCCACUUGCCGCUUUGCUGUUGCUGGCUUUGCCUAAUGACCCAUCGUCUGGAUUUGUGCAUGGCUUUGUCAUGUUCAUCAUGGGAUUUUUCAUCUCAUGGAAUGCUGCUGCCACUAACAAGUACGUAUAUACUUCUGCUCCGAUUGUCUGUCAAUAAAACGCAGUAUUUGUUGUUUUUUUCUGCUAAAUUUUAGAAUUUCAAUGAUUUUAUCUGAUGUACUGUUGGAUCUAAAAUCUUUUGUUUGCACAUGGGUAUAAGUGUGGAAACGAAGUGUUGGGGACAUUAUAAGACCGGGCAACAAAUGGGGUUGAGAACUCAUAUCAUGUAUUUAAUCCGAAACUUAGUUUUGAUAAUGAUAUAUUUAUAUUGAACUGUUCCAUCACGAAAGUAGACAUUUGAGGGUGAUCUGAAUUGUUUUCUCCAGCUUAUCUAUAAUUUUUGAGCCAAGAAAUAAUCGGUAAUUGUGCUUUCAAAUAAAUAAAUUCAAAGUUGAAUAUUUUAAUCAUGAACUUCUCCUUUGUGUGAUUCGUGCAGCCCAAUUUUUGCAGAAAUUGUGCCCGAGAGAUUGCGAACGAGCAUAUAUGCAUUGGACAGAGCUUUUGAAACAACCCUGUCGUCAUUUGCCCCGCCCAUUGUCGGCCUCUUAUCCGAGCAUGUGUUUGGGUAUAAACUAGCUCCAACAGGCUCAACUGAGGCAGCAAAGGUUGAGACUGACAGAGAGAAUGCUACCUCAUUGGCCAGGGCGCUAUUCACAGCGAUAGCGAUUCCCAUGAUUCUCUGUUGCCUCAUUUACUCGUUCCUCUACUGUACCUAUCCUAGAGACAGAGCAAGAGCACGGAUGGAUUCCCUGAUAGCAUCUGAGAUACGGCAGAUUGAGAUGGACAACUCUACCGCAGAUAAUGUGUCUCAACCUGAGCUGGGCACCAAGGACAGAAGAAGAGUGAUCGAAACUCCCUGCCGAGAAGAGGAUUUGGAAGUUGACGACAGCGAUGAGAAGCUGCUGCUUCCUCAGAAUCUGAUGUCCUCACAUGAAAAGGAUUGA